GUCAAUUGUCUAGUGAAGAGCUUAAAAAAAUAUAUUUUUUUAAAGAUUUAUUUAUUUAAGAGUAUUGCUCAAUUGAUAAUAAGAUGUUGCGUAAAAUUUUUAUAUUAGCUUUAAUAUUUCAUUUUGGUGAAUUUACAAGCAUUGGACGAGCUGCGACUCAUAUAUCAAAUACUGGAUCACAAAUCUUACAUUAUGCGCAAAUUAUUCAUUUUAACAUUCCAUUAUCAUCAAUAUCAUCCAAUGGACAAUCACAAAAUAAUCAAUUUCAACCUUCUGCAGAUAGAAAAAAAGUGACUGAAAGAUUUGGCAACAAUGAGAAUCAAGCUUCAGCAUUCGAUUCAAAUAAUUAUUUUGUGAAUAAUCAACAUAAUGAGCAGCAGCAGUAUCAACAACAGAAUCAACAGCAGUUUCAGCAACAAUCAAGACCACAACAACAGAAUCAACAAAAUACUGCCGUAAGCUCGCAGCAACAGAACCAACAACCUAUUGCCGUAAGCCCGCAGCAGCAAUAUCAGCAACAACUAAUCGCAAGACCACAACAACAAAAUCAACAGCCUGUAAGACCAUUACAGCCACAACAAAAUUCAUAUCCAGAUACGUACAAUCAAGGAAUUCAAUUUAAGCAAGAAACAACUUUAAGAACUCCACAGAACUUUGAUCGAACAAGUAUGGUGUCGUCUGAGGAGUUCACUCAAAAACCAGUACAAAGGCCAGGUUAUGAUAGUUAUGGAGAUGUAAAUAAUAAUAAUAAUAAAAAUAAUCAAGAUGAAACAUCCCCAACUUACCCGAAUGAGAAUGCAGGAAUUUCCAGAGAUCAAGUACCAUUGAAUAAGCAAGAUAUGGUUAUUGAGGAUUACAACAGACCUGAUGAGAAUGCAAUCGUCAUUCCUAAUAUGCCUAGUAAAAUAGUUGAAAUCAUCUUCCCGCCAACAUUAUCUUAUAAUGAGGAUGCGAGCACAACAACAAGAGCAUCAAUUUUCGACUCAAUGAGACGCAGAACAACGACAACAACAGAGAGUUAUUAUAGAACAUAGAAAUUGAGUAAACAAAUCUUUGUAAUUUUUAUUUCAAUAAUCUACAUUUUAUUAAAUUUUUUUAAGUGUAAGUUUCGUCAUCAUCAAAUCAAUUAACUAGAAAUAUUCAUUUUUUCUGUUUUUUGUAUUAUUUGAAUUUCAAAAAAAAAUUGUAAUAUAGAGAGAAGCUUUAAUCAUCAGUUUUCAUACUUUUUUAUAGAUUUUUUUUUAUUCUCUUCCUUUUAAAAGUUGGAUAAAAUAAUGUCAUUACUUUGAUAAUUUGAUGAUAAUGUAAACGAUCCGAAAAGUGAAAUUUUUCAUAAUUUCUUUAAUUUUAAAAAAAAUAAAAACGAAAACAAUUUUUUUCACAAUUUUUUACAAAAUAUGUAUAUAUAUAUACUUAUUAUGGCAAGAUCUAAAGGACAAGAGUUUUUUCAUUUUUUUUUUCUUCAUCUUUCCAUUCUAAUAGUAAACUUAAGAUUAGAUUCCUUUGCUUCUAAUAUCAUAGCAUUCAUAGCAAAACAUUUUUUCGUUUCUUACGUGCGCACCAAAAAAAAAAUUUAAAUCCACAAAAAAAAAACAAUAAAGAAUAAUAAUAAAAAGUGAUAAAUAAAUAUAAAAAAAUUUUAAAAAAGUCAAAAAAGGUACUUGAUUAAAUUAAUUAUUAGAUGCUUUUUUUCAUUAAGCGUGCCGUUAGUAUAAAAACUAAAGUUUCUAUGUGAUGUUAAGGUUUGUAUGAUCAGGAGGCUUGAAGGUGAGAAUUCAAUUUUUUUGGUUAAAUUAUUCAACAAUUUUUACAAAGGUUUUAAAGACAAAAAUUUUUUAAAACAUUUUACAAAAGUUUAAUUUCAAAUUAUUAUCUAGAUUUUAAUUUUUAACAUUUUUAAAAAUUGAAUUUUAAAAUAAUUCUGAAAAUUAAAUUUCAAAAAUUCAAAAAUUUUAAUAUUAAAUCUUAAAAAUGUUAAAAUGUAAACUUUUGAAUUCUAAAAUUUAAAAAUAUGAAUUUCAAAAUUUAUUAAAAUGUAAACUUUUAAAUUUUGAAAAGUUAAAAUUCAAAUUUUAAAACUUUGAAUUUCAAAUUUUCAACUAAUUUCAAAAAAUUAGAAAUUUCAAAAUGUUAAAAUCUGUGUUUCAUAAUAAUUUUAAAAAAAUGAACUUUUGUAAAAAGUUUCAAAAAAUUUCUUAAUUUUUAAAAAUAAUUUUCAAAUAAAAUUAAUUUUAUAUUUUUCAUUCCCAAAUAAGUUAAAAUUUUGACCCCAAUUUUUGGUAUUUCUAGCUCAAAACUAAAAAAAUGAUUCACAAAUCGCAACAAAAACAUUAAAAUAAACCUUAAAAAUCCAUCAAAUCCCUACAAACCAUCCUGACUAUACAUUCCAACAUGUGAUGUGUCGAUCAUAUAGAACAAAAAAUCCCUAAAAAUAUAUUAAUAGUCAAUUUCUUAAAAAAAUCAGUAAGAAAUUAAAUUAAAUAAUGUGAAGUAAAUAAGUAAUAAUUUGAUACAAUUAAGAAAUAAAUUAAGAGGGAAACAUACAACAUGUGACUUUUUUUUUCAUUAUGUAUCAAGCUUAUGCUCAAAGGUUUUUUUUUUUCAUUUAAAUAGUAGAAUGUUUAAUGCGAGCUUUGCUCGAUGCUUUGCAAAAAGAAACGGCCUUAUCAACUAAACACAUAAGAAAGCGACUUGGAACUUAAAAGUAAUUUUUAACUCAAAAAAAAUUAUUAAACACAAAUCAUAAUUAAUUAUAAUUAUAAAAUUUAAGAAUAGACAAAAUAAAAUACACGAAAGAGGUGAUGAUUAAGCAAUCAAAUGUGAAAAGUGAAAAAUACUUUUUUUGAUAUAGAAAAGAAGAUAAAAAAGUUAUUUUUGCGGAGAUUUUUUAACAAUUUUUAAGGAUUUCUGGAAAGCCUUUUAUUGAUUUUAAUGAAAUUGCUUAAAAACUGCUAAAAAAAUCUAACUAUAAAGCUAGUUUUGAUGAGUUUAUUUUCGAGUAAGUUGAUUUACUUAAAGAACUAUAAUCAAAGACGGAGUUUUGAGCCUCUCAAGCUAUCAGUAGGUAUCUAGCCUAGUGGUAGUUUUCCAACAUAGUAGAAGCUGCCCUCCAUACUGACAGCUACCCAACCUAGAAAUAGCUAUUCAACCUAGUAGUAGCUACCUAACCUAGCUCUAACAGACAAAGAUUAUGUUUUCCGGUCCAGUAAUAUGAUCAAUGAGCUUACUACAGUACCGAAAAGCAUGAUCCUUGUUGAUUACGGUUGAGUGGAACGACACAUUAUGGAGUAUGCAUUCCCCACGAUACUCCAUCUCUGACUAUACUCCAACCACCAACCUCAUCAAAACCAACUUCCAUAAAAAAUUGUAGUAUUUGACCAGAGUACAACUCAAAAAGCGUAUCUUCUUCAUUCCUUAGAUAAAAAUUAAAAAGAAUUUUUUUAAAGAUUAUUGGAAAAAAAUAAUUAAAUCGAAUAAUAUCAGUCUGACCAAAUGUGUUGUUUUCGUUUUAUGUAUGUUAUCUAAUGCUUCAUUUGCAUGAUGUACCUAUGCAUAUUAUUCUCAAUUAUUAUAAUAAUAUUAUUAUUUUUUAUCAUAUCCAUCAAUAUGCACAUAUCUUCUAAAUGAAUAUCACUGCCAUCACUUUAAAACAAUUAAUUCAUAUAUUUUCUGCAGCGUUUUGCGCCACAGCCACAUGGAAUCUUAUUUUCCUCAAUAUCGAACUUGUAAUCAUAUGUUAGUUCUUCUCCGGUUACAAUGCGUCGUAAUGCGAAUAUUAUUAUGUGUUUUUGACCCAAUAUGUCAACGACU